ACAAGAAGAAACGAGACCUCCCAGCACCCUCUCCGGCUUGUAACGUCAAGUGACGCGAGCCCCAGCCGGAAGUGAAGGAAAAAGCGCCUCAGCCCGCGGCGCCUGCGCAGAAGGCUCUAGACGGUGAAGCAGGAGGCACUUGGGAUCGUCCGCAGGAUUGGGACUGCUACAGAGGCAGCCACGGAGCCCGCCGGAGCCACCGUUCCUACUGCUGCUGCCGCCGCUGCCCGAGUCGGAACUGUCGGGCCGCAGCCGCCGGCAAUGCCGCGAAGAAAGAGGAAUGCAGGCAGUAGUUCAGAUGGAACCGAAGAUUCCGAUUUUUCUACAGAUCUCGAGCACACAGAUAGUUCAGAAAGUGAUGGCACUUCCCGGCGAUCUGCCCGAGUCACCCGCUCCUCAGCCCGGCUGAGCCAGAGUUCCCAAGAUUCCAGCCCUGUUCGAAAUUUGCAGUCAUUUGGCAAUGAGGAGCCUGCUUAUUCUACCAGGAGAGUGACUCGAAGUCAGCAGCAACCUACCCCAGUGACUCCGAAAAAGUACCCCCUUCGGCAGACUCGUUCUUCUGGCUCAGAAACUGAGCAAGUGGUUGACUUUUCAGAUAGAGAAACUAAAAAUACAGCUGAUCAUGAUGAGUCUCCACCUCGAACUCCAACUGGAAACGCACCUUCUUCUGAGUCUGACAUAGACAUCUCCAGUCCCAACGUGUCUCACGAUGAGAGCAUUGCUAAGGACAUGUCCCUAAAGGACUCAGGCAGCGAUCUCUCUCAUCGCCCCAAGCGUCGUCGCUUCCAUGAAAGCUACAAUUUCAACAUGAAGUGUCCCACACCAGGCUGUAACUCUCUAGGACACCUUACAGGAAAACAUGAGAGACAUUUCUCCAUCUCAGGAUGCCCGCUCUAUCAUAACCUCUCAGCUGAUGAAUGCAAGGUGAGAGCACAGAGCCGGGAUAAGCAGAUAGAAGAAAGGAUGCUGUCCCACAGGCAAGAUGACAACAACAGGCAUGCAACCAGGCACCAGGCACCAACAGAGAGGCAACUGCGAUAUAAAGAAAAGGUGGCUGAACUCAGGAAGAAAAGGAAUUCUGGGCUAAGCAAAGAACAGAAAGAGAAAUAUAUGGAACACAGACAGACCUAUGGGAACACUCGGGAACCUCUCUUGGAAAACCUGACCAGCGAGUAUGAUUUGGAUCUUUUCCGGAGAGCGCAAGCCCGGGCUUCCGAGGAUUUGGAGAAGUUAAGGCUGCAAGGCCAAAUCACAGAGGGGAGCAACAUGAUUAAAACAAUUGCUUUUGGUCGCUACGAGCUUGAUACUUGGUACCAUUCUCCCUAUCCUGAAGAAUAUGCACGACUGGGCCGUCUCUACAUGUGUGAAUUCUGUUUAAAAUACAUGAAGAGCCAAACAAUACUCCGCCGACACAUGGCUAAGUGUGUGUGGAAACACCCACCCGGUGAUGAGAUCUAUCGCAAAGGCUCAAUCUCUGUGUUUGAAGUGGAUGGCAAGAAAAACAAGAUUUACUGCCAAAACCUGUGCCUCUUGGCCAAGCUUUUUCUGGACCACAAGACAUUAUAUUAUGAUGUGGAACCCUUCCUGUUCUAUGUUAUGACAGAAGCGGACAACACUGGCUGUCACCUGAUUGGAUAUUUUUCCAAGGAAAAGAAUUCAUUCCUCAACUACAAUGUGUCCUGUAUUCUUACCAUGCCUCAGUACAUGAGGCAGGGCUAUGGCAAGAUGCUCAUUGAUUUCAGUUAUUUACUUUCCAAAGUGGAAGAGAAAGUUGGCUCCCCAGAACGUCCUCUCUCAGACUUGGGGCUCAUAAGCUAUCGCAGUUACUGGAAAGAAGUACUUCUCCGUUACUUGCAUAAUUUCCAGGGCAAAGAGAUUUCUAUCAAAGAAAUUAGCCAGGAGACAGCUGUGAAUCCUGUGGACAUUGUCAGCACUCUGCAAGCUCUUCAAAUGCUCAAGUACUGGAAAGGAAAACACCUUGUUUUAAAGAGACAGGACCUGAUUGAUGAGUGGAUAGCCAAAGAGGCCAAGCGAUCCAACUCCAAUAAAACCAUGGAUCCAAGCUGUUUAAAAUGGACCCCUCCAAAGGGUACUUAAAGUGCCCUGUCACUCUGAGCCAGCGAACCCAGCAGUAGGAAUCCAUGCCCUAGGGAUCUGUCUGUCAUUUCUGUUGCUCUUGUGAUUGGCAAGUACAGUGUCCUUUGGGAAGGCCACCCCCUCAGGACUGUCCUGGCUCCGACCUUCGUGUACACUGCAGACGCUGGUUCUGAGGAACUGUUGUUUCGGCCUCAGUGAGGUUGUCCGGAUGGGAUCUCUAUUAGAUUUGCGUGUGGAUCCCUGAUAGCACUGACCCAAGGUGUUCUGUUCGGUACUGCACCUGUCCAGUCACUGGUUCUCUACUCAUGUUCUUUAGCCCCAUGAGGUUGUGUCAUGUCUUCUAACCUUUGUACUCGUGCUUCUUGCUUCCCAGUCACCAGACCUCCAAAUGAGGUUGCCGCCACCAGGACCUUCCCAUUUAGUCUUAACAUGUGAUCAUGGAGUGGCAGGGAGCGGUAGCACUGUGUGUGGGGGGGGAGGGUGUGUUCCCUUUGAGUUCAUCUCACUUCAAAUCUUUUCCUCCGUUUUUAUUGGAAGACCUUUACUUAUUUUUGCUCAGUAUCAGGCUGACCAGAGGCAUACUUUUGAAGACUCUCCAGGGUUUAAUUUUUGGUAAUAGCCCAUAAUCUAGCUGAAUGAAAUGAGGAACAGGUGAUUUGAGUUACCUGUGGGCAGUGCUUGGUGGAAGGGAAUGAACACAGUUUGCCUCACCUUAAGUGUCCCGUGGUAAAUGUUUUCUCUCCAUACUCCCUGUCCCUGCCAAAAUACAUGUUCACUAGUUAAUUAUACUGUAGAACCUUUUCACCAGUAUCAGUCUGACUUGGCACAACGAUAAUGCCACGUAAGUUGAUUUUUAUCUGAACAUCCUCAGAGAAGUAGAAAGUGAUCAACAGAGGCUUCUGUCAACAGCCACAGCACAGCCACAAGAGUGCCGCUCCUGCCAAGGUUUGCUUCUCUGGGCAACAGUGCCUCGCCCUCCCUCCGGCGCUGAAGUGCUCAUGUCCUGCCAAGAAGUCCUCCAUUUCCUUUUUGGGAUUUACCAUCUUCCCUCUUUUCUAUGGUCUCCUUUUGGUGGGGUUCCUGUGAAGGAAGAGAUGGCCCCUUUAAUUUCUUGGGCCCACUAUAACUGGGCGGCUUUUGAUGUAUGACAUGUCACCCUUCCCAACUUGCUCUCCUCCUACACUGCUGUCUUCAUGGGACGCCCUCACCACAACCCCAACUCAGUCAUUUGUGCCUUUCUUCUCAUCCCUGUACACUACUUAUACUCACUGUGGGUUGAGGGGAGCUCAUUUUAAGCAUGUUCAGUGGCAGCUCCCCACCAGUUUCAGUGUCACUGUUAAACUAUCCAAAAGCAACUUCACUGGGGGUUUUCUUAAGGGGUAAAGGCCUUUUACAGAAGCUGAUGCUUUCCCCCCUUCACCCCCGAUGUGUUAGAAUGUGCUGUUCUAUAUCUACUCCUCAAUAAAGCAUGUUCUCUGCU